AUAGAGGUCUCUUAGCAACAUAGUAGUGAUAGUGAUGUUUUUAUGAUGAAAUGUGAUAAAUAAUGCUGUUAUCAUGGAUCAUUGUGGAUUUAUCCCACAGAGCUACACACCACCGCUCCUGAGACGCUGGUGAUGGUAGAAGCGAUGUGGCGGAGUUUUAAGGGUUAAGUUAGAAAAAUUAGCUGUUUUCUAUGCAGGACGUUUUCAUGAGCGCUAAGAACCAAAGAAGCCUCCUACUCUGAGGAUGUUUUUAAGGUGGAGGAAGGGGAGGACGUGGAAUUGUUUUUACCCGACAGACUCGCAUGUCAAAGAGCUGUGUGUGUAUAUUUGAAGUGUAUUUUGACGUUCAUGUUUUCUGAAGAUGAAUCUAUUUUAAAACACAUGAAAUGUGCUGAUGGUGAGUUCACUGUCUCUGGCAAUCAUAGAAAAAGUAGGGAGUGAUUUAAGAACGCAUGAUGGGAGGUGUGGGGAAAGAUGGGGAUGAAGGAAAGUAUGUAGGGAAAGAUGGAGAAGUUUGGGAAUUGUGUGGCGGGAGCGACGGUGAAGCAAAUGAGAUGUUUGGAGACGGAGAUGUGGAAAACGAGACUACAGACUUCUACGCAAUGUUCAAAUCCUGCUGUACGGAUCUGACGCUACGUUGUACACUGCUGCCUUCCUGAUGCAUUAGGAAGCUGGGAAUUGUGGCUACUCCUCGUUGGAGUGGUUUCUGGGAUUUCCGGACAGUUAAUCUGGACCUGUUUUUGAAAAUAAAAAGAAUCCUGAAGAUGAAAUGAACGAGACGCCACAAAUUCCCCUUUUUUGCCCUAUGAGGCAAUGUGUUUGCUGUCAGGAGUAACUGGGAGACCCUGCCUACUCAGAGCAAAGCAUUCUAUUUUAACAAUGGGAGGAGAAAGACCCUGAUGAUGAUGAUGACAAAUACAUAGGUGAUGGUGAUUGGUCGGAACAGCAUGACAUCAUACUUGUUUUGUUUUGCUGUCUGUGGAAUCGACCAAUCACAGGACAAUCUUGAAACCUGCUGCCGGGCCUGAUGGGAAACUGAGUUUUGCUUUUUACUUGUUCACGUUUUGUCUUUUUUUUUUGUUUGUUUUAAUUUUUUUGUUUCUUGAUUUUUUUCCAGCUUGGCCUCUGAUUGGCUGCUUGCUUUCCUCCAGCUGUCGGUUUGCGACGUCGUCGUCUAUCUCUUCAUUAUAAAGUUUCAUUAUUAUUGGGUUUUUAUGAAUGCUGCUAAAGGGAGCUUCUUCGCUGUCGGUGUGUGUGUGUGUGUGCGCGCGGAUGUGUCGGACGCGUGUGUGUUUAUUAGUUCAUUAAAAAUUAUAAUCUUAAGUUUCUUUAUAAACCUGAUUUUGUUUUGUUUUUUUCUUUUCUUCUAAUCAUGUGUUUAGUUUUGUUGUUCGGAGGUCUGAUGGGUGGGGCCUGUGGGGUUGUUGCCAUGGCAACCCCUAUCUCCACGGAAUUCCAGAACACUCUUGAGGUCUCCUCCAUCGAUCAACCCCUUCCCUCAUUCCCCCCCGUUAAACCUCCACUCCAAUCACAAACAUGUAAUCUGUGACAUCACGGAUUUGGACAUGACAUCACGGUGUAGCCCUCCUUCUAUUGGCCCCCUCAGUUGCUUUUCUGUUUGUUUUGGGUGGUUGUUGUUUUUGUUGUAUCAGGAACCAAUCUCAGGCUCUACCUGCAGACAACAUGAUGGCAAUAAACCGUUUAAUAAAAGUAAAAAGCACAAAAAUGACUCACUUCCUCCUUCCCUGUGUCUUUACUCAGGGACUCCUGUUCUAUGGUGGCUGAUAUUGUUCAAUCUGAAGAGUGGUUCAGCAUAGUCUUGCUGAAACCUGCAAGGUCUUCCCUGAAAGCGUGCACAGACAGUGGCUUCUGGAAGCCUUCCUUAAUCCAUGCAGUGGUUUCCAGUAGAGAAUCAUGUCUGCUUGUAAUGCAGAAGAUCGCCAGUAUCUAGCUUUGCCCCGUGCACACAGAGAUACCUUCUGAUUCUCUGAAGUCUUUACAAAUUUGUUUUUAUAAAAUAGUCCAUCUUUCCAUCUAAAAUGCUCCUCUUUAUGUCACUGACCUGCGUAUGUUUUUUAUUUGUACAAAUGACCUUUCCAGCCUUUUGUUUCCCCUGUUCCAACCUUUUACAUGUGAUGUUGCCAUCAGAUUCAAAAUGAGCUCAUAAUUUUUAAAACCUCUGAUAAGUUCUUUAUGUUCUACUGGGAAUUAAAUAAGAGUGGGUGAGGUUUUGGAAAUGACUGGAUUCAGUUUUGUUUACAUUAUAAAGCUUCCCAACCUCUUUAAAACAGCGAUCGUUCUAACACCAACUUCCCUCCACCUUCAGUGGGUCUUGUACCUGAAGAGACAAGUUUUGAAUUUCAACAAAAAAAAUUAUAUAUAUAUAAAAUAAAAAAUGUAUUAAUUUUUUUAGAACACACUAGUUGAGCGUUACUUUUAUACAGGUUGUUUUACCUCAAUAAAACUAAAAUACCUUAUUUAUAUCAGCUUCAUCUUCAGGUUGUUACACACAUAAGACAAACUUGUAUUUACAAGGCAAACUGAGCCACUUCCAUAUCUGUUUAUUUCCACUGAAGAUCAUCCCGCCUCCACUGAUGGCCGGAUGUCUGCUCGUCUAAAGAAGUCCGUGAUCUCAGAAAACACAGUGGAUAUCUGAAGACCAGCUGGACCCAGAGUUUUAUCUGACUUCCUGAUUCAGCAGCUGUCAGAACGAACUCUGCUCUCCUUCACUUCUCCACUCAGACCUCCAUCCGGCCUCCACCCGCUCAGCAUGCAGCUCUUCCUCCUCCUCACCCUCCUCAUGUCCCACGUUACCAUGGCUGCAGCAGUGGACGGUUGCCGCAGCGACACGGACAAGGAUGGCCGACAAAGAGAGAACUGUACUGCAGCCGGCUUCAGUGACGUCCCAGCAGAUCUGGACCUCAAGACCAAGGUUCUGGUGCUUCCAAACAACCUGUUCUCCUCUCUGUCCUGGACCUCCUUCCAGAUCUUUCCAGAGAUCUAUGAGAUCGACCUCACGGCCAACCAGGUUUCAGAGGUGACCCUCACCGCGACUCCGAUCCUGCCCACCCUCAGUGUCCUCUGGCUGGGAUCCAACCGUCUAACGUCCCUUUCCGAUGGCUCCUUCUCAGCCUGUCCUUCUCUGACCGAACUCUACCUGAACUCCAACGCCAUCUCUUCUCUCAGCAACGACACCUUCUCUGGACUCAGCAAGCUGGAGAUCCUGGACCUGACAUCCAAUCACAUCACGGUGCUUCCUGACCUCAUGCUUCACCCCCUGGCUGCCAUAGAAACCCUCUACCUGGAGAACAACCAGAUCAAGGUGAUGCCAGAUGAUUGGUUCAGCCAGAAGGAGGAAGUGCCAUACCUCUACCUCUCAGCCAAUCCCUGGGCAUGCUCCUGCUCCCUUUCAUACCUGCGUAGAUACCUCGAAGACAACGAACUCAACGUCUACGUCCGGGAUGGCAAAGACAUAAAGGGUGAUGUAGAGAGCGUGGUGUGUGACUCGCCGCUGGAGCACAAAGGGACACCCGUCAUCAGUCUGGAAGAAUCUGAUCUGUGUUCACCCUCAACGGCAUACUCUCCAACUGGAGACUUCGACCUGCUGAUGACCACAAUCACUCCCUACAAGGAGAUCACAGCUGCAGCUACUAUACCUUCUUCUACAUCUUUACCUAUCCCUUCAACUAGCUCUUUAUCUAAACCUUCAACCUUACAAACCCCAUUUGCAGUCCUGCACUCAGGGUCCUACGAGGUGGUGACAUGGUCCUGGUACCACACCUUCACCAGCCUCUCUAAAUGGUCAGAAGUAAAAACAGAGAAGUCAUCAGUCAGGUUUCAUGAUCUGACAACAAAACGUGCCGAGACAACCUCAUUUGUUCGUUUAACUCCAAUAACACCAAAACUCCAGGUAGUCACCACCGAGCCAACCACCACAUCCAGCGUGAGCUCGUCCAUGUCUUCCACACCUUCACGGGAGGGAAGCGAGCCCGCCAGCGUCCACCGACACGUCCGGGUCAGCUCUGUGGGGGCUGCAGGGGUCUUCUGUGUUUGGCUUUUUGCCGGGUGUCUGCUGCUGUGUGUGGCUUCAGCGGUGUGUGUUCUGGUGACUUUAGUGAAGCUGGUUGUCUGGUACAAGAAGGUCUACAAACCUCUGAACAUGAGGAUAGCAAAGAGGAGUGCAGGCAGGGAAGGAGGGAUGCUGCUGAUGCACAGCAGGAAGGAGGAUAAGGGAGUGGUGGCGCUGUAUCGCUCCGUUCUGUUUGUCCACAAGGAGGGAGGAGAUGCCUUUAAGAAAGAGGAGGAAAGUGAAGGAAGAGAGGAAGGAGGUGAAAGACAGGUCAUUACUCUGAAACCAACAGGAGGAGGAGGAGAGAAAGAAGGAGAUGACGAAGGAAGGAAAGAGAGGGGAGUGUACAGGAAGACUGUGUACCGGCUGUUAAGUAAAGAGGAGGAGAUAGAAGGAUGGAGGACUGUGGUGGAGGAGUGUGAGGUCUCAGCUGAAGAUGGAGACAGGAGGAGAGUUGGGGGGAAUAAAGAGUGGAGUGGAGGAGGAGGAGGAGGAGAAGGAGGAUCCAAAAAGCGUUACAGCGUGAUUCUGAGGGAGGAGAGGGAGGAGGCAGGGGGAGGAAGGGAGGAGCUAGACUGGGUGGUGGGUGGUUGGGAGGUAAAAAGAGGAGGACGAGAGGCAGACGAGGAGCCAAGGAGCAGCUGGGGGGAGUGGCUGGCACAUUAUUUACCCAGCAUGCCUUGGGGAGUGACUAUGCCCCCGGAUGAUGAGGCAGCAAUGUGAUGUCAUCAAUGGGAGGAGCUAAGCAGAUGACUUGUUGGUAGAUGUGUCAACAUUAGUUUGAUGACAUUUAUAACUUCUAAUAAAUUAAGCGUGAAACUCUUCGUACAGUCUGAUGCUUCCUUCACGCUGCUGUCCAUCAGGCUUAGCGUAGCUCCUGGUAACUCACAUCAGAUCAGCAGGCGCGCUCAUGCAAAACUAAUACCAGACUCUCCAUCCACAAAUAACAUCUAUGUUCAGCGUCAAUGUUUGAUUUAUUGCAGAUGACACCAUCUUUUUUACCCCUCUAUAAACCAAACUGAUUUUAAUUACCUGCUGAUCUCAAUGUAUAAAACUCUGCUAGAGUCCAGAUCUCCCCGAGAACAUCGUCCAGGAGGUUUACAAUCCAGCCACUAAAUGUUGUUUUAUCCAGAGACUCUAUCUGGUAAAUCCACAAUGAUCCAUGAUAACAGCAUUAUUUAUCACAUUUCAUCAUAAAAAC